GCGGUCGUGAGAAACGUGUUGAAAAUCUUAACACAAAUUUAAAAAUAUUCGUUUCAUAAAAAUUUUAAGACGUUUAUGAACGAGAAUUUCUGUGAAUUGUGUAGUGUUUGGUGACUUCAAAUUUUGUGUUUUGAAGAAGAUUUAUUUAAAUGUGACGCCUACGUUAUGUUUUUACGUACGAAGUGGUUGAGUAUAACCAAAUGUUACUUCAAAGAUCCAACACACAACAUUUGAAGCCUGGAAUGGACGAGUAUAGUGAUAAAUCCAAAACUAAAAUGAUAACAUGACGAAAUAUGUUUCCGGUCAGACAGUUUCAUAAAGCGCGUACUAAAAAAGAGGCGAUGCGUCAAAAUGAUGAACACAAUAAUAAAAAUGGAAUAAACAAAUCAUAUACUAACAAACUUCCACGUUUUAAUUUAUAUUCGUUUAUCUUUAUAUUUUUUCUAUCACUAAAAUCAGCUAAUUCUAACACAACAAACAUGAACCAUCACAGUGAUAAAACUAGUGUUAAUAGUAAAAUAAACAAAAUUAAUAUCAAUAGUGUACAAAAAGACUCACCGCACGAAGACUACGAUGAGCACGAUGGUAUUAAUUCCGGUGAAAAAUAUACAAAUGUCAAUUUUGAUAAAAAUCCUUAUUACAAUGAGGAGUUCCCUCACAGUGCAAACUUUUACAAUCCCGAGAGGAAUGGUUACAGUGACUAUGGUGACUAUAAGAGAUAUUAUUUGAAUCCCUCGAACCCAAUCCCCAAGUCCAAUGUUAAGUUUAGGAUAAGUAGUAGGAUAGUACAGACUAAAUAUGGGAAAUUACAGGGGAUAGUUUUGGCGAUGGACGAGCACAGAUAUUUGAGUCCACUCGAGGUUUUUUUAGGUGUUCCGUAUGCUACGCCACCAGUUGGAUCAAACAGAUUCAGUCCAACACGAACUCCCUCGCCUUGGGAUGGUGUGCGAGUCUCAGAUCUGCCGGGGCCGUCUUGUCCUCAGAAAUUAUUGGAUUUGGACAACGAGCAAAUUCUCUUAGAAAAAAUGCCUAAAGGCAGAUUAGAUUACUUAAAAAGACUGAUGCCUUACCUUAAGAAUCAAAGCGAAGAUUGUCUUUACUUAAAUAUUUUUGCGCCUUUGCAAAUGGAUGAAACAAAAUUAGCACUGCCAGUGUUGGUGUACAUACAUGGUGACAGUUACUCGCUGAGUUCAGGAAACCCGUACGAUGGCGCCGUGUUGGCCAGCUAUACCGACCUCAUUGUUGUUACGCUCAACUACAGACUUGGAGUUCUGGGUUUCCUCAACGCGAAUCCAUCGCCACACCUAAAAGCCAGGGUUGCGAACUACGGAUUAAUGGACCAGAUAGCAGCGCUGCAUUGGGUGCAACAAAACGUUGCCUUAUUCGGAGGUGACCCCACCAACAUCACACUAAUGGGCCAUGGGUCUGGUGCUGCUUGUAUCAACUUCCUGAUGAUAUCGCCAACAGUUAUGCCAGGUCUGUUUCAUCGGGCGAUACUUUUGUCAGGAUCAGCACUAAGUUCAUGGGCUAUAGUUGAUGACCCAGUAUACUACUCUUUAAAACUAGCGAAGCACAUGAACUGUUCCAUACCAGAAGACCUAGCGAAAGACCACGAAGUCAUAGUAGACUGUCUGAGGGACGCGACCAUAGACGAGCUAUUAUCAAUUGACAUAUCCCCACCAAACUUUCUAACCGCCUUCGGACCAUCCGUAGACGGUGUUGUAAUAAAAACAGAUUUCGCCAAAGACUUCCUAACGAUACACUCUAGCUCAGACUUUCCUAGCUUUGGACCUUUGAAUAAUAUGAACCAAAAUAACUUCCAUAUAAAAAGAAGCGAUAGCGGGAGACGGUUGUUCCAAAAUAAAUACGAUCUAAUGUUUGGCGUUGUUACUUGUGAAGCUCUUUGGAAGUUCUCGGCGCAAGAUGUCCAGAAUGGAAUUGAACCGGAGAAAAGAGAUCGGAUGCUAAGAACGUAUGUCAGGAAUUCCUAUGCUUACCACCUGAGUGAAAUAUUUUACACCAUUGUCAACGAGUACACCGACUGGGAAAGAACGGUAGAGAAUCCAAUAAAUACAAGGGACGCGACUGUCUCCGCUCUAUCCGACGCUCAAUACGUAGCCCCUCUGAUGCAAAGCGGGGAUUUGCUGAGUGGAGGGCCGAGGCCUGCGACAAAUGAUGAGGAGGGGCCCGGCAGACCUACUCAAACAUACUUUUACGUGUUUGACUAUCAGACCAGAGAUGGGUUUUAUCCGCAGAGAAUGGGAGCAGUUCACGGUGAAGAACUGCCAUACAUAUUCGGCGCACCGAUAGUGGAAGGUUUCGGUCAUUUUCCCGAAAACUACACAAAGUUCGAGACGGCGUUAUCUGAGUCCAUAAUGCUCUUGGUGGCUAACUUUGCGAAGACCGGUAACCCGAACGAUAACGCGCGUCAAGAGGCCUUCCUCCCGGCGUCGAGGGAGAGGAACAAGUUCCGCGGUGUGAACUGGGAGGAGUACGACUCGACGCACCAGAAGUACCUCGAAAUAGGCAUGAAACCACGGAUGAAGAACCAUUUCCGAGCACAUCAACUCUCGGUUUGGUUACGCCUCGUGCCCGAACUCCACAGAGCGGGGAUGGAAGACGUCGCCGCACGCCACAACCUGUUCAGAAAUCACAACGAGCAAGAUCUAUACGAAGGUAUCGUCAGACCGGAUCCGUUGGCGCGGAACGCCGAUAACGAUCCGAUAAGGCGGAACGGCACCGCCUACUCUGAUACAGCCUUAACCACAGUCGAUUCUAUAUUAGCGACUUGCGCUACUAUCAUACCAACCAGAGACCUGCAGGCUCUCAAUACAACCGAUAACACUUUAGCCAAUUUGGAGGCCGCAGGCUAUGCGGCGUAUUCCACAGCGCUCAGCGUAACGAUCGCUAUUGGAUGCUCGUUACUUAUAUUAAACGUUCUCAUAUUCGCCGGGGUGUAUUACCAAAGAGACAAGUCGAGGUCGCGAGGAAAACAGCAACGGUUCAACGAGAAACACUUUGAAACAAUAUCAGGAAAACACUCCCAUUAUCAUAUCGACCCGAACAUAGCCCCCAGCUUAGUUGUGGACAUCGAACGGCAGAAUAGAAAGAAAAUGAUGGACGCUAGCAUUUCGAAUUUGAACUUUAAGGGCCCGUUAGACGGUCCAAAAUCCCCGAGCCCCACGCUGAGUAUAGAUAAUAUGAUGUUGCCAAGUAAAUUGGGCAGUCGGAAUAGCAGUUUCAGGUUGCCAAAUGUUAGCUAUCCCCAAGUGGGAAGUUACGCAACGUUGCCCAAGAAUUUGAACCAAUUUAGUAAUUCCCCGCCGAUGCAGGACUUGAGACAGAAGUAUCCUCCAAAUGGUUCGGCUAACUCUCCUGGUAGGGAAGAUACUUCUAGAGCUCCUCACGCAACUCUGAGAAGGGGAAAAUCUCUUCACUCCUCUAGUCUUCCGCAAGCAGCAAUCGAUGAAAUGAGAGUGUGACGUUUAAACUAAUAAGGACUUUU